UCCAUUCAGCGCUGCAAACUGAUUUAAAAGGGCAGCAUUCAGCAAUUUGCCUUCAUAUGAAAACUAGUUAGGAAGCAAAUCGGGCGUGUUACGGCAGCGCAUCGGUUGCAUUCGAAUGGUACUACUUCUAUACCAACCAUUACUAGCAAAGAAACAAAAUUAGAGUAUAUACGACUUAAGAAACUAAUAGCUUAUUCGUCAAUAAGCUCAGUAAAUUUGUUCAUCUGAAAAAAGGAAACGAAAAUAUCCAACAAAAAUUUGCUUCCGCUUGCAUUGUCGUGAACUCGUAAACUCGUAACUGUCGUGCGUGUACCUGUACGUGUGUGCGGGUGUGUGUGUAGCAGCAAAAAAAUAUUCAUAUACUACUUUGACGAUGUCCCUCAUACCGUUUAUACUCGAAUUGGCCGAUGAAUUGCAUGAAUUCAAUCGUUGCCUGGCCACCGGUGGUAUGGAUGUCGACGACUUCGGUUUUGGUAUCUAUCCGCAUGAAUUGCAGCCGCAGCAACAACAACAGCAGACACAACAUCCACUGCAACAGCAACAACCACAGCAGCAACAUUUGACGCAGCAGCGACGCCCACGCACCCUUUCGCAAUUCUAUUGGAUGCCAAAUAUAAGUAAAAGUCGUCACCAUCCCUACUAUCGCGGCAAACCAUGUUGCAACAAAACACCUAUACAGUUAGUGCACGACCAUCAGCUGGAAAAAGAGUCAUCCUCGACUGCAGGAGGUGGAGGUGGUGUCAUUGGUUCUAGUUCUACCGGCGGACAAUCCGCUGGUGACAAGGAGACGGCGGCUAAUACACAUUCCGCAAAUUCAGGUUCGCACAGUGUCUCAUCAACUACGGCAGCAGGCAAAUCCGCCUAUUCAGUGGUGAAUAAGAAUGGCUUUCAGGUCAGCAUGAAUGUGAAGCAAUUUGCACCGAACGAACUGACCGUCAAGACAAUCGAUAAUUGUAUCGUCGUCGAGGGUCAACACGAAGACAAGGAAGAUGGGCAUGGCGUCAUCUCGCGACACUUUAUCCGAAAGUAUAUGCUACCGAAGGGAUAUGACCCGAACGAAGUACUAUCAACAUUGUCUUCGGAUGGUAUUUUGACUGUAAAGGCACCACCGCCAGCAAUGAAGACUGAUGAAUCCUUGGAACGCAUUGUCGAUAUACAGCAAACCGGAGGGCCGGUGCAAGCUCAGCAGAACACUGCUAAAGAGUCAAACCCAAUAAGCAGUGGAAGAGAAGACCAAGUAAAUGCAGCAUCUGGAGUGGAGCAAGCAGCAACGUCAAUAGCAGCUGUGGCAGGAAUAUUACCAACGUCAGCAACAGUAAUAUUGCAACAACAGCCAAAGCAGCAGACUCAGCAGUUGGAUGCCAUAGUCGAAAGCGUCCAACAACAACAACCGGCAAAACUGUUACAGCCAACAAUAAAAGACUUGCAGUUAACGCGAGAACGCAAUGGUAUUAUCGAACCGAAUGAGCUUCUCGUAGAGCAAGAGACUGAACCACGAACAGCUGAGCAGACAGCCACGUCUUCCAAUACCAACAUCGCCAACAACAAUAAUAAUAACAGUGACACCACUAGCACUAACAGAAGCGUUGCUUCCAAGGCCAAUUUAAAAGCGGGAGGAAAAGAGAAAGAGAGUUUAGCAGAGCAAGAAGAGACAUCCGUCGGAAUAGAUAAUUCCAAUACUAAAAAGACACUAACAUCCAAUGCAGCAGCAACGUCAACAAUCGACGCCAUCAUGGCUGCCGCUACUGCAGAUGAACCAAUGGAAACGGAAGCAGAGAAAGAGGUCGUAAAAGAAGAAGUUAACAAAAAACAAGUGGGAGACACAUUGCUUACAUCCGAUAUUGAAGAUAUCGUUCCAAUAGUAAGCGACAUGAACACCGUUGCUAACUUAUCUACUUUAUCCAACAACAAUACCACUACUAAUAACUUCAUCACUACUAAUGACUCCUUAAACAUCAUCGACGCCAAUGGUAUCGAAAUUACCCCAAUAAAAAAUGCUGAUGUCGAGUCGGCGAGCUCAGCUAUUGAAAAAACAAACGACAAUGUGGUGCUUACCAAAAAUGGCGUACCGGAAGCAAAAACUUCAGACGGUCUAACGAUUAGUUUGGAAACAACAGUGGCAGAGAUUGACGGGACAACAGACAUGGAAACUGAUGUUACUGAAGUUGCCGAUGUCGUUGAAGGAGAUAUGGAUGGGGAUGGAAUGGAUGGCGGUGACAACGCAGUUGGAGGUGAUAUUGGGGUGGAGGUAGAUGUGAAUGUAGUCGGUGGUGAUGGAAACAGCGCAAGCGUAGAAGAUGGUAAUGAUGAAAACGGCUCUGUAGGCAAUUUAGUAGUAGCUGCACAUUCACCCAGUGCAGCUGAUUUGGUGGCAGCUGCUGAUGCAGCUAUAAUUUUGGCUAAGACACAAUGUGAUGCAAAUUCAGGGGCAGGUGAUGUCAAAGCUAGUAAACCUGCUCUAACCACCGAAGAGAUAACUAAUUAAGCAAUGAAAAAGUUAGCAAGCAAAAUUUGUGCAGAAAAAAAAUAAUUACAAAAAAGUAUAAACAUUCACUUUGGCAUAUACAUACUAUAUAAAAGAAAUUACGUCUAAAUUUUAAGUACUUAACUACUGUAGUAGCAGAUAAAGGCAAUUUAGAAGAAGAAAGUGAUAUAAAAAGUAAAAUGAUAAAUCGCGUAGAAAUCGGAAAAGCCGUACGGACGUCUUUUCCUACAAGCAUUCUCAUACACCUUCUAACCAUAACUAACUACGAAUAUACAUACAUACAUACAUACAUGCAACCAAACACAUUUCAUUUAUCGUGGCGUGUACUUUUUGAAUCCCAAAGGUUAUUGGUUAAAUAUUCAAAGACAAAAGCCAACUGAACUAUAAGUAAUUAUGAGAUAACUUGAAAUAAUUUUAUAUUAUUUUCAUCAGAAAUUUCAUGAAUGAAAAAAUUAGAAUACCCUUGAAUGCUAGUGCGUGGGUAUAAAAAUACAUGCAUAAACGCAUACUAAUAUUUACAUACAACAGAAGCCUUUCCUGCCAAUAAAUUUACUGAGUUUCAAAAAUUAUGCAUGUAGCUACAUAUGUAUAUAUAUGCAUACAUAGGUAGGUCUACUUAAUUUUAUUGAAAUUUGAAUCACUCAUUUCAUUUUAUUUUAUUCCUGUUUUGAUUCCUUCCAUUUUAGUUUAUUUUAUUUCAAUCUCAUUUGUUUAAUAUAUUAAAUGUUUGCGAUUGUCCUCAGUUCUUUUACUCGUUUCGUUUUUUUAAUAUUUAAUUUAACUGGUACUCACAGUUAUUGCGAUCUUAUAUUCUUAUAAUAAUUAUUUAUUUCGAUAUUUUAUAAUUAUUUUCAUUUUAUUUAAUUCCAUUGGAAUAUAAAAAACAGCACAUUCGUUAUGUGUUGUUUAUUAUUUUACCUAUACAAGCAUACAUACAUACAUAUGUGUGUAUCUAUGUAUAAAUUCAGCUUAGAAAAGGAAACAGCUGUAGCGAAGAAAUAAAAACUGCUAUAAACACAUUACAUAAAAACAGAAGAGAGCAAAAACAAAAGAGAUUCAAAUAUUAAUAUUUAAAAAAAGAUCCAUAUAUUGAGAAAUAAAUAAAAAUCUUAUUAACAGAGUGAAAAUUACAAAAAUAAAAAUGAAACCUAUUAUAAACGCAGAUUGCAAAGCUAAUAAUGAUUGUGGCGAUAAUGAUGAAAAUUACUAUAAUGUACGCUAUAUUCUGUCGUACUGGAUACACAAUAAAAUUAACGUAAUCUCAUCCAAAAGUGUUUUAAUUACAUAUACACAUACAUGCAUUCUGGUUGCUGUGAUCUCCCUUUGACUGCUUAUAAUAAUUAAUGAUUUUAUUACCCACGAACCAGACCAUCCAAUUCCCACGUAACGUCGGUUGUUGAGUCCGAACACUUACAGAAUUUCACGUAGUUCUCGAGAUAUAUCCAAAUAACGGUAUUGGAUUAAAGUAAAAAAUGUAGAUCAUAAAAAUUUAUAACAUCAGGAGAAAGCG